AUGGAGAUGCCCGCUAACCUCCUCCUCCGCCUGCUGCUGAUCUGCGCCCUGGUCUCCUGCAGCCCCACCGAGGCGUGGUACAAGCAGGUGGCCGGGCCGAGCUACUACUCGGUGGGCCGGGCGUCCGGCUUGCUGUCCGGCAUCCGGAGGUCCCCGUACGUCCGGAGCGCGGAGCUGGAGCCGCAGGACAGCGGAGAGACUGCGGCCAACAGGCUGUUCUCUGAGUUAACUUCGCGCAACUCCAUCCUGAAGACAAUGCCUGUUUGCAUCAAGGACAUUACACCAAACCUGCAGAGCUGCGAGUUGUUCCAGGAAGUCAAGGGUUCGUUCAAGUGUAAAGCGGACGUCUUCCUCUCUCUGGACUCCUCCGACUGUGCAGGAGACUGAGCAGUGAAGCCGACAACUGCUGCUGGAGGACGAAGACAACUU